AUGGUGAAAGUUAUCAUACACCUGCAUGCAAUCAUCGUAAUAUUAAUAUUAUUACAAUCUUCUUCAACCAAACUAAAGCAAUUCAUGUACGAAGAUCCUCAGGCUGGUCUAGUUCUUCUUGAUGGGGACAAAUCACUUGAUGGAACAGUAAUCUUACGUUUCGGAACUCCAGUAAAGCAAAUUGGAGAUACAACGUGCUGGGACAAGACAAUUUAUCUUCGAAUAAUUCACCCAAACGCUUCAAUUAACUUAUCGAUUUCAAAUCACGGAAUCCCAGAUUUUAAUUUUUGUUUGGAUAACGAAACCGAAUUUAAUUAUACUACAAUAUGGGUAUUCGACCAAAGACUUAUGCUUACUUUUUAUAAUUCUUCGAAUAUAGCAACUUCAGAAAUCAUGGGACUUUUUAUUACUUUUGAGGGAGAAGUUUUAAGAAACGAAAAUGGAGAAAUAAUCGAGCGAGCUAGAAGUGGAAUAAUCCAAACAAACAUUAAAGUUGUAACUAUUUCAGCUUUUUACAUGCUGGAGAAAGGAUUUGCCAUAGCUUACGGUCCCGGUGUUGGGUUUUGA